UGUUCCGUGCGCUGGGUCCGCAGGCUGGCGCGCACGUACCAUGUGUGUUUAGCGUUUGGGAGGCGGCGGGCUCUGGUUUGCCGGUUGUGUCUCCGCCCCCGUCGAAGAGCUGCGCGGUUGGCGCGGCCAGGGGUGGGCUGUUCCUGCCGCACGCUCCCGGCCAUUACGGCCCCAGGGGUAGCGGAGCCCGGGCUAUGACCUGCUACCCGGGCUUCCUAUGCGGCUGCCGCUGCGCAGCCAGCCGGGCGGCCGCCCUGCGCUCCCUGCUGAAAUACCAAGCAGCGGCUCCGGCUUCCUCUCUCCUGGCCGGGCUGCCGCUGUCCGGCGGGCUGCAGCGGCGCCUCCUCACGCGCAGCCGGCUGAGCCCGGCCGAGUCGUUGCUCCCCUCCUUCGCCGCCGCCGGGUUCCCACCCCAGCGCCUCCUCCAGCAAGAGAGCUCAGGCUCGCCUGGACCAGGACCCUUCGUGCUGGGCCAGCAGAGCUCUUCUGGGUUCGCCCUGUCGCGGCUGGAUCAGCGGCGGGGGAGGAGCGCGGGUAGCGCGGGGCUCCCCUGUGGCGGUGGGUUCCGCCCCACCCGGGUCGUGGUGGUGGCCAAGACCACCAGAUACGAGUUCGAGCAGCAGCGGUACCGCUACGCGGAGCUCUCGGAGGAGGAUCUCAAACAGCUGCUUGCAUUGAAGGGAUCUAACUACGGUGGACUACUGGAGCGACAUUAUAUUCAUACAAAAAAUGUGGAGCAUGUUGUAGACAGUUUACGGAAUGAGCAGAUCGAGGUCCGUCUUGUUAAACGCCGAGAAUAUGAUGAAGAGACAGUUCGAUGGGCAGAUGCUGUUAUAUCAGCAGGAGGUGAUGGCACAAUGUUGCUGGCAGCUAGUAAAGUCUUUGACAGAUUUAAACCAGUUAUUGGAGUAAAUACUGAUCCGGAAAGAUCUGAGGGCCAUUUGUGUUUGCCUGUACGAUAUACACACUCCUUUCCAGAAGCAUUACAGAAGUUUUAUCGUGGUGAGUUCAGGUGGCAGUGGCGGCAACGAAUCCGGAUGUAUCUUGAAGGAACUGGUAUUAACCCUACCCCGGUAGAUUUGCAUGAACAGCAGUUAAGCCAGGAGCAGCACAGCAGGGCCCACGUUAAUGGAAGAUUCCAUGAUCAAAGAUCUGAAGUUUCUGGACCACAUCUUUUGCCCGUGAGAGCAUUAAAUGAAGUCUUCAUUGGAGAGUCUCUCUCAUCCAGGGUGAACUAUAAGUCCUGCAAACCCAGUUUUAAAUUCUCGCUUCAUAGGGCCUCCUACUAUGAGGUAUCAGUUGAUGAUGGUCCAUGGGAAAAACAGAAGAGUUCAGGGCUCAAUGUAUGCACUGGAACAGGAUCAAAAGCCUGGUCCUAUAAUAUUAACAAGGUGGCAACCCAGGCUGUUGAAGAGAUCCUUAAGAUUGCUAAAAAGCAUGAGAGCUUGAAUCUUCCUUUGAGCAGGGAACUAAUACAGAAAGUAACAAAUGAAUAUAAUGACUCCCUGCUGUAUAGUCCAGAAGAACCAAAGAUGUUUUUCAGUAUUCGAGAGCCUAUUGCAAACCGGGUUUUUUCAAGUAGUCUGCAGCGUGGGUUCUUUUCAAAGGUUUGUGUCCGGUCACGUUGUUGGGAUGCCUGUAUGGUGGUAGAUGGAGGAACUUCUUUUGAGUUUAAUGAUGGGGCAAUAGCUUCAAUAUUGAUCAAUACAGAAGAUGCAUUGCGCACUGUUUUGCUAGAAGAAUGAAGAAAUUUAAUACAGUCUGUUGAAAUCCUACUAAAUCCUGCACCCGGAAAAGGGAAUCACUGCAGAGAUAGACAGUACAUCAGAAUGCUGCAUUAUUUUAAGUUGGAAAAUUUUCUUCUCUUGAUGCAAGAAUAUUGAGAAGAGACCUGAAAUCAUUUCCCAUUCCUGGGAUGGGGAAAUUUUGGAAAAAAACUGUUUUUUGAGCUUUAUUGCACCUGACACAAAGGAAAUGUAUCUAACUUCAGUAAAAUGUGAUUUUUUUUAACCUUUUAAGAUGAAUGUGACAGAACACUUUUUUUAAAAAUUAGGUAGAUGGGUUCAAAUGAAAUAAAGUGGUUAGCCUUGAAUAUUCAACUGUACAGUUUUUUCAUAGCAGUCUGGAACUGAAUGAACCAAACACUUCAACGCUGCAUACAUAUUAUACUUUUACAGAAAAGUAUGCUAAGAUUCAUUGAGUUGAUGCAAGUAUAAAGAAUAGACUUUGGAAAAUAAAUCUUGAUGUUGGCCUAACUGAAAUGGAGAUUUUUUUUUGUACCCUCUUCAAACUUUUACAACGCUACUUUGUGGUAUGGUUUGUGGUAGAUCUUUCCGCUCUUCCAGUAAUUUUCUACUCUUUUGGUAUCUACUUCAGGACUUUUUUUUUUUU